AGCAGACGCCCCCGGCCUGGGGAACUUGGACCGAGACCAGGAACGGGCUGGUAACUCCUGGGGCCUGAGGAUGAAGCUGAGCCUGCCGCACUGGUCCCUGUCCUGCCUUUUUGUGCUGCUGCCCUGGCCUCUGGCCACUCCAACAUCAACGACCCUUUGGCGGUGCCCACCGGGGGAGGAGCCCAGCCUGGACCUGGGGCAGGGCACAUUAUGUAGGUCCUGUCCCCCCGGCACUUUCUCUGCUUCAUGGGGCCCUGGCCCGUGCCAGCCCCACUCUCGCUGCAGCCCUCGAGGGAGGCUGGAGGCCCAGGCAGGCACAGCGACUCGAGACACCUUAUGUGGAGACUGCCAGCCUGGGUGGUUUGCUGCUUCAGGGGUCCCCCGUGUCUCCUGUCAGCCGUGUUCCUGGACACCUCUGGGUACUCGCAGCUGUUAUGAGCGGGGACAGCGGGCCAGACGUGGUGUGGAGGUGGCAGCAGGGGCCAGCAGCGCUGGGGAUACGCGGCAGCCUGGGAAUGGCACGCGGGCAGGUGGCCCUGAGGAGACAGCUGCCCAGUAUGCAGUUAUUGCCAUCGUGCCUGUCUUCUGCCUCAUGGGGCUGCUGGGCAUCCUGGUGUGCAACUUGCUCAAGCGGAAAGGCUACCACUGCACGGCCCACAAGGAGGUUGGGCCCGGCCCUGGAGGUGGAGGCAGCGGGAUCAACCCUGCCUACCGGGCUGAGGACACCAAUGAGGACACCAUUGGGGUCCUAGUACGCCUGAUCACGGAAAAGAAAGAGAACGCGGCGGCCCUGGAGGAGCUGCUGAAGGAGUAUCACAGCAAACAGCUGGUACAGACCAGCCACAGGCCCAUACCCAGGCUGCCACCACGUCCCCCCAGCAUCCCACACGUCUGUCCGCAUCGCCACCACCUCCACACCGUGCAGGGCCUGGCUUCACUCUCUGGCCCCUGCUGCUCCCGCUGUAGCCAGAAGAAGUGGCCCGAGGUGCUGCUGUCCCCUGAGGCCGCAGCUGCCACUACUCCCACUCCCAGACUCCUGCCCAACCCAGCCAGGGCUCCCAAGGCUGGGGCCAAGGCAGGACGCCAGGGCGAGAUCACCAUCUUAUCUGUGGGCAGGUUCCGAGUGGCCCGAAUUCCUGAGCAACGGUCAAGUUCAGCAGCCUCUGAGGUGAAGACUAUCACGGAGGUUGGGCCUUCAGGGAGUGAUCUCCCUGGCUCCCCACAACCUGGCCUCCCCACGGAGCAGCAGGCACUGCUGGGAAACGGUGGAAGCCAUACUAAGUGGCUGAAGCCCCCAGCAGAGAACAAGGCUGAGGAGAACCGCUAUGUGGUCCGGCUAAAUGAGAGCAACCUGGUCAUCUGAUGGUCUAUCUCAUCUGAGAACACGGCAACCCUGCCCUGGGAGGUUCUGAAGGCUUCCUGGAGGAGGGAGAGCUGCAGCUGGGAGUGUGAGGAUCAAGAAGUAAUGGCCCAGCAGACAGAACAGCAAAGGCCAAGGCCUGGAGGUGGGAGUGUCCGCCCCAGUGAGGAGGCAGGCCAGCUGGUGGGUGCUGUGUGCAGGAGCAGGUUGAGAGCCCCUCCCCUGUCCCUGUCACCCACUUCUUUCUCUGAAAGAUGCCCUGACCCUGUGUCCUAGCCCGGCCAGAUCCUGGGACCCUGCAGGAGCCUCUGUACCACUAAGUGGCAAGGCCCUGGCCUGGCAGGGAAGGAGCCCUCUGCCUGGCACUCCUGGCCCCACACCUUGGUAAUUAGCUGCCCUUGCCUCUGUAUAGGGCCCUGGCAUUGACCUUCCCCCCCCUUCUUCCAGUGGGCCCUGUAAAGGGAAGGAGCAACAAAAAGCCAUGGACUGAAGACUUGAGUUCCCAGGUUCUAACCACGGGCAAGUCCCUGGCCAUGACCUGGUUACUAUUCUUCUGACCAUGAAGUGGGAAGAGAAAGGUAUCUCAGGGCUCAAGGCUUCUCCAGUUCCUUGCAGGUUCUGGUCUGGGUCAUGUGAGGGGAGAGCCUGACUCCUUGCCACCCCUCCAAUUAGUAGCUUUAUCUGGCCCCAUUUUUGCAGCUUCUAGGGCCUCUGCCUUCAGGCCCCCAUGGGGCGGCCCGUCCCUGGCUCUGCCUACAAGAAGGGGCUUAAUGCAUGUAUCUGCCCCCCACCCUGCUGUUUUUAUUGAAAUUGGUACCACAGUCUUGACCUGGUCAGGGCUGUGGUACGGGGUGCCAGCCUGCACAGCCACCCCAAGAUCUCAGGAGCUUUUAGGGAGAGGGGUGUGUGAGGGGCUGGUGAGGUGCCUCUGGCCUCCGUGGUUUGUGUGUCCCUGUGGUGUUGGUGUCUGUCCCCCAGUCUGGGCAGUGCAGGCGACUGCCCAGCCCAGUCCCUAUGUCCACUCUGGCUCAGCAACCUGGUUAUUUAUGUGGGGUCGUGCAGGCAUGGGCCCCACUACCAUCCCCAUUUCUCUUAUUUAUUGAAACUUGGCUGUUGUCCUGUCUUUGUCUCCAUUCCCAUCCAUUUACUGGAUAAUAAAAGGUGGGAAAGUCGUGUCA